AUGUCCAUUGCAGCCUUGCCCGUGGAAUUGAUCUCAAAGAUAUGUGACCAUUUGGAUUAUCAGGAUUUGGUCGCUCUGAGGUUAUCAUGCCGCGCAUUGUACAAAAGCUCACUGGAGAAUUUUGCGAAGACCUUUUACCGAAAAAUCUGUUUCAUUGCGACAAGCGAAAGUCUCCACGACCUGGAAGAAUUAUCCAAGUCAAAUGGUCUCCGCGAGCACGUUCAAGAGCUAUGGAUGAUCCCCGUGGUGUUCGAUGGCGCUGAAGGGCCCCUCGGCAUGAUAUCUAUAUCGUCAAAAAGCUGCCGGCAAGUCAAAGGCGACGAGCUGGAAAGUCGGCGUGCGGUCCAAAAAGACAUGAUUGCGGAUAAUCGCAACCUGCUGGAAUCAGAAGCGUUCAGUGAUCGACUUCGGGAAUGUAUGGAUCGAUUCAAGAACAUCCAAACAAUCGGACUCGCACAUUACAGAACGGAAUUUUUGCUUGAUCCCCGGCAGCAGACAGUUCCAUUCCUCGGCAGGCGACAGAUGAUGAGCCAGAUCGAUUUUCGAUUCGAUGUUUACAGCCUGCAAGAGUCUACGCGUACCAACAAGGCUAGUCAGAUACGGAAACUGAACUCCUUGGCAUUAUCAAAGCUUUUUCUUGCGUUAUGUGGCUCAAGCUGCAGACCCCGAAAGCUGUCCACCUGCGAUUCUAAAUUCUGUUGUGAUAUCGGCCCCAGGAUUGCCCUCUCCGAAGAGCAAUCGGAUUCUCUACUGUCUACUUUAGAAGACCUCGAGGAUCUUCAUUUGUGCAUUGAUCUCAAUGAGGCAGUUUGGCUGAAACUUUUCAGGAAGCUUGCACCUCAACUGGAAGUACUGACCUUGUCGCAAGAUCAUAUGCCUUUUUAUCUUGUUCAAGAUGACAUGCAUGGGUAUCCGGCAAAAAGCUACGUUGGAAACAUGUUCCAUGACGUUAGCUUCACUCGACUCCGAAAGCUUCAUAUAAACAAGCUCGAUAUCAAUUUCAGCUCUUUGAGAUCACUAUUGCUCAGUGUCAAGAAAAGUCUGGUCUCUCUUACAGUCAAACGGGUUACAAUCGGCAGCGAGGAGUCGGGAGCCAUAGAAAACCCUCGAUCGCAAGAUGCUGAGUUCCCUGACCGCCAGGAAAAUGAAAGAUCUGUCCGAUAUACAUCGCCAUCAUAUCAACCUACAGUGCCAUCACACCAACCAACCUUGCCAUACCAUGGACCUACAGUGCCACCAUACCAACCAACCUUGCCAUCACAUGGACCUACAGUCCCAUCAUUUCAACCAACACCGCCAUCAUUUUCAACAUCGUCACCGUACACACCGACUGUGUCCCCGCAAGAAUAUGGACCAGCCCCCCUAUCAGUCCUACCAGCAUCAGAAACAGCAUCGGCCGAAAGUGCACCCCAGUCACCCCAGCUUUCCUCGACUUCCGAUUCCUCUGAGGCGUCGACAGAAGAAUAUUGGAGCAGAAAGUGGAUGUCUACAUAUCACCCAUAUGAGCCAUCUGAAACAGCUGGAGGUUUUGUCUGUCCCACCCGGGAAACCGUAAUGGCAUGGGAACGCAACGAAGAAAAGAUCACUUCUGUGCCCAGCUUUUUGGACAUUUUACGGAACGAGUUAUCUCUAGAAACACUCUCCCUGGAAGAUAUUAUCUGUGACGGGAAUUAUUAUGAUUUCGAAAGAAUCGACACUACAGACAAACAAAGGGGCAAAGUGGAUUUUGACAUUCGCAAAGCCAAUAUUCCGUUGAAGGAUUGGAUUUACCGGUUAAGGCCAAUUGCUCGCUGUCCGGCCGAUCGCAUCAUAAAGUGUAAGGAAGACGAAGGUUAG